AUGAUCACUGCCUCAUUUCCCCGUCUUGCCGCAGAACGGCGCGAGCGUCGCACGAGGACGAUGUCUGUCGCCCGUGUGGCUGUCGCGAAAGACAACAACGACGGACAUCGUCGCGAGAAGCACGUCCUUCCUCUUUCAUCAUCCCCCCGUCUUUCUGCUAUGGCUGAAACUGCUGAGCAGCAGCCCGAUCUCCUCACCGGCAGCCCGCCACAGAAAAGGAAGCGCGGCGGCGAGUCGGCCUCGCCAGACACACGUCGGUCGAAGCGGGGAGCGUCAACGUCCAGCACGACAGGUCUGACGCAGGGCAUCGAGCCUGCAGCCACUGCCUUUAUGGAGGCGACCGGAACAGGCUCAGCGGACGGACUGACGGCAGCCGAGUUCAGCGUGAUCCAGGGCACCGGCGGUGUAGAGCACACGGACGCGACGAGCGCGGCGCUGGCCUCGUCAACGGCAGCAGCGGCUCUGGGCUCGAUGUACCCGACGCUGCACGUACCGCAGUCGACGGAGGAGACGUUUGCCAGCCAGCAGAUCGACGUAGGCGGCGAUCCCCAGCAGCAGCAGCACCAUCACGACCAUCACGAUCACCACGAUCCGUCAGCCUAUGGCACAGACGUGACGGGCGUGCAGUCGGACGGGCUAUCGGCCCUAGAAGCGAGCACAGCGGGCAGCAAUGGCAUGGGGCCUAAACGACCAAUCUCGGGCAUUCAGUAUACGCCGACUGACAAUAUAGUGGAACGCCGACGUCGGGAGACGAUCAACGAGGGCAUCAACGAGCUGGCCAAGAUUGUGCCAGGCUGCGAGAAGAACAAGGGGUCAAUCUUGCAGCGGGCGGUGGUCUUCAUCACGCAGCUUAAGGAGAACGAGACGCAGAACAUUGAGAAAUGGACGCUGGAGAAGCUGCUGACGGAGCAAGCGAUCGCAGAGCUGUCGGCCUCCAAUGAUAAGCUCAAGGCCGAGGUGGAGCGACUGUAUCGCGAGCUGGAGACAUGGAAGCGCGUGGCCCAGAACGCCGGCCUGCAGCCGCCGGAGGAGAAGUCGGAGCCGCCUAGCUAA